AUGACGAUGAUAAGGGUGAUUGAUAUUUCAGCCAAUCAACGAGGCGUCUACGCGCAGGCGACUGUCCCUAUUUUUCCGUUUCCGGCGCUUCAAGCUCCGCGCAUUCGGAAAGAAACGGUCUCUUCGCUCCGAUACGCCGCCUCCUCAGUCUUUCGUAGAUCCCGCGUCUCCCCGCCCCUAGUCGGCUACGAUGCUCUGCCGCCUUCGCUGUCAUCCCCCCUCCGCGCCGGCGUGUUCCAUGUACAGCUGCAGACGCGCCUCAUAGCGACCACCUCGUGCCGCGCGUUCUCGCUCUUGUGUGCCAGCCCCACCCGCGCCCGACGUCUGCCUGAGCACUGCCGCCUACCGAGUGGCAUCCGAAACACCACUACAAUCGUUCCCCCCACUACUGAACACCACCUGAAGAAAGCAGCAACAGGCGGCGACCGACUCUGCUGUCCGCAGUGCCGCGCGCCCCUCGUGUUGACCGAACCGCUCAGUGCGGACAAGUUGACGUCAUCGAAUUCGAAAGGGGGUAAGCCAUUGGGUACGUCAACUUCAACUUCAACAUUGCCGGAGGUGGAAAAGGGCGACGUGGUCAAGUGCGUGAGCUGCAAGCUGCACUUUGCACUCACCGUGCAACCUCUAGCCGACCCUACCCCUACCUUCCGCAAUGCUGCGGCUGCUGCCGCGCUGAGCUCCUUGAGCUCGUCGCUGUCUCCGGGCGCGCCGACCCCACGUGGUCCGACUGCAGGUGGACCGUUGUACAGCGGCAACUUUCUGUCGCCCACGCGGCCCGGCCACAUGAAUGCCGACGGCGAGUACGCAAAGCUAGCGACCGAUGGCGCUGCGUCUCGAGCAGCGAGAGACGCGACGCUGCUGAAAGAUCGUGUGUUGACACCGCGAGAGAUUUACGACGGACUGAAUGAGUACGUGGUGGGCCAGAGCAAGGUGAAGAAGACGCUGGCGGUGGGUGUUUACAACCACUACAAGCGUCUCGAGGCCUUGGAUUUGCUGCGAGCAACGAGAAAAGCAGAUGCGUCUUCUAGUAAGCACAACGAGCAGCACAUUGGUGCGGCUGGUGCAACGGAUCAACGAGCGGACGCAGACGACGCGCGGCGGUCGAUGCUCGGUCGUCGGUUGCUGCUCGAGGAGAUUUACCCUACCCCGACGGCAACAACAGUCACGGACUAUCACAGCGAGCUAAAGGAAAUGACCCAACCGACGCUCAGUGUCUCGUCUGCGUCGGAUGCAGUGGCUCACGCCCACGCGUCAAGAUUGCGACAUGACGCGACGGCCCGCGACAAGUUGCAGUCGCUGGAAGGCGUCGAGUUGGACAAGACAAACAUUAUGCUCGUGGGCCCCACGGGCUCGGGGAAGACGCUGCUGGCCAAGACGCUGGCACGAUUGGCGAAAGUGCCGAUUGUCAUUGCCGACGCAACGUGUCUGACGCAAGCUGGGUACGUUGGCGAGGACGUCGAGUCGGUGUUGUUCAAGCUGUACCAAGCCGCCAACUACAAUCUUGAAGCCACGCAGCGCGGCAUCGUGUACAUUGACGAGAUUGACAAAAUCACGCGCAAGAGUGACAAUGUGAGUAUCGCACGCGACGUGUCGGGUGAAGGGGUCCAACAAGCGCUGCUGAAGCUCUUGGAAGGAAGCAUUGUGAACGUACCGGAAAAGGGCGGUCGCAAGAACCCUCGCGGUGAGUACAUUACCAUUGACACAACGAACAUUUUGUUUAUCUGCGGUGGCGCAUUUGCCGGUCUGGAAAAACAGGUGACUAGUCGCACAGCGCGGUCAUCGAUCGGCUUUGGGGCUCAGAUGCCCAAUAUGCGGAUGAAAGACAGCGACCAGAUUGGCCAGUUACUUUCUCAAGCCGAGCCAGAGGAUCUAGUGUCGUAUGGACUGAUUCCAGAGUUUAUUGGUCGGUUUCCGUUGCUUGUGAGCACAACGGGUCUGUCGAAGCAAGAGCUCGUGCAAGUUCUCACCGAACCGAAGAACAGUCUUGUUCGGCAAUACAAAGCGCUCUUUGCGCUGAGUGAUGUUGCGUUUCACGCGACAGAAGGUGCGCUAGAGGCUGUGGCAGAAUCGGCGCUGCGCAAGAACACGGGUGCGCGAGGCCUGCGCUCUAUAUUCGAACGUGCGCUCAUGGAAACGAUGUUCGACUUGCCUGACACGAACGAUGUGCAUACCGUGUAUGUGGACGAAGAGGUCAUUCUCGGACACAAGCAACCUGUGCUCAUUCGGGGCGCUAUGACGCUUGAUGGGUAUCUCAAAGAUCUCGAAGAUGACAAUGAUAAGCGGGAAGAGGUUGUUUAA